UGGCCUUAACUUUUGGCUAGCUGUUGGAGCUGAAUGCGAUCGUGGGGAACUUGGAAGCCUCGAGGAAGGGCUUACUGUCGACGGCGCUUUGUUCAAUGCCAACCCAAUUGAUGCCGCUCUUUACUUUUUCUUGAUUCCAUUCUUGCGCCGCCUUAUUCCUGCGUGAUUUCUAGCGCCUUACACCUUGCUAAACCCGAACCUCGUGGUGUGGAACGUUUCAAACCGAGUCCCGGCCGAAGCGCUUGCGACAAGGCGCGCCAGACAGGAUGCCGCCAAAGUCGAGGUUCACGAGGCUAGACGCCUUUACCAAGACCGUCGAAGAUGCGCGCAUCAGGACGACCUCGGGUGGCAUUGUCACGAUAGUGUCCCUCAUCGUGGUCUUCUUCCUCGCCUGGGGGGAGUGGUCCGACUACCGUAGGAUAGAGGUGCAUCCGGAGUUGAUCGUGGAUAAAGGCAGAGGCGAGCGGAUGGAGAUCCACCUCAACAUAACGUUCCCCCGGAUUCCCUGCGAGCUGCUCACUCUCGAUGUCAUGGAUAUUUCGGGCGAGCAGCAACACGGCGUGCAACACGGUGUGACGAAGACAAGGCUGCGCCCGCAGAGCGAGGGCGGCGGCGAUAUUGACACAAAGUCGGUUAGUCUGCACGCCCGUGACGAGGUCGCCACCCACCUCGACCCAAACUACUGCGGCACUUGCUACGGCGCACAGGCCCCGUCUAGCGCGAAGAAACCCGGAUGCUGCAACACCUGCGACGAAGUCAGGGACGCAUACGCGCAAGCCGCUUGGGGCUUCGGUAGGGGCGAGGGUAUCGAGCAGUGCGAGCGCGAGCACUACAGCGAGAAGCUGGAUGAACAGCGUAACGAGGGCUGCCGCAUUGAGGGUGGGCUCCGGGUGAACAAGGUCAUCGGCAACUUCCACAUCGCGCCCGGCCGCAGCUUCAGCAACGGCAACAUGCACGUGCACGACCUCAAGAACUACUGGAACACGGCCACGAAGCACACCUUCUCCCACCAGAUCCACCACCUGCGCUUCGGCCCGCAGCUGCCCGACGACCUGCACAAGAAGCUGGACGCCAGGAAGAACAUGCCGUGGACGAACCACCACCUCAACCCGCUCGACGACACCCACCAGGAGACCGACGACGUCAACUACAACUACAUGUACUUCCUCAAGAUCGUGCCCACCUCGUACCUGCCGCUCGGCUGGGAGAAGACGUGGGCCGGCUUCCGCGAGGAGCACCACGCCGAGCUCGGCUCCUUCGGCGCCUCGGCCGACGGCAGCGUCGAGACUCACCAGUACUCGGUCACCAGCCACAAGCGGAGCCUGGCCGGCGGCGACGACUCGGCCGAGGGCCACCAGGAGCGCUUGCAUGCGCGGGGCGGUAUCCCGGGCGUUUUCUUCUCUUACGAUAUCUCCCCCAUGAAGGUCAUCAACAGGGAGGAGAAGGCCAAGACCUUCCUCGGCUUCGUCGCCGGUCUGUGCGCCAUUGUCGGUGGCACCCUCACCGUGGCAGCGGCCAUUGACCGUGCUCUGUUCGAGGGUGGCGUGCGGCUCAAGAAGAUGAGGUCCAAGGAUCUCUAGGGUUGGAAGGGGGGGAUGUACUAGGGAUGUAGUUGUUAUAUACCGCGGUUGGGUCUGCGCUGGUGUUGUUGUCGGUGGCUGUCGGGUUUGGAGCCGCUUUUGGCUAGUACACAAGUUUCCUAGAAUGCAUUGGGGGGGGAGUUACGGUUAGGUAUAAACUAUUUUGAGCCCUCAGCUCGGCCUUCGCUUCGUGUGCGCCGAAUGCCCUGGCUCAGCUUGCUUGCCUUCCGAGUAACUAUUGGAGAAGCACGACAAACGGUCGUUGUUCCAAGGCAACCUGGGAGCCAUUCAACUCCGGGUACUUUCUCCGAGAUAAAGUCGAUAAAAAAGGCAGGAUGUCCGGCAAUGCCAUGAGGCUUUCAAAAUCAUAAAUGCUACAUUACAGG